CGAGAAUCUAACGAGACUUUCUCAUGCCGUAAAAUCUUUUACGGUUUCUUUGUCAAAAUAUACACUAAAACACCACAUUCACCGUUCAAAUCAAGUCAAAUAUGCCACCAAAGAAAAGAACUGGCGGUGAUCCAGGGUCUGGAACUCAACAGAAGCGCAGAAGAAAAAAGAAAGCGACAAACGGUGAUGCAGAAGACGAUUCCGAAGAAGAGAACAAUGGCAACAAUUCUGGCGGGGAAUAUGAAGAAGAAGACGGUCAAGGAGAUGCACAAGUUAUAAUUGAGGGAUCUAAAGUGACUGGAGAGGUAUUAUUCUCAGGAGCCUCCAACUGGGAUAUGGUUGGAAGAAGCAAGUUGCCCAAAGAUGCCAAGAAUGGUGGCGGUCCUAACUUAUGGGCACCUCAUAGGAUUGCUAGUUUAACUGGUGUGAAGGUGCGCUCCAUAAUUACUGGAUGCUUAGCAUGUCACAAUCUGAUAAUUACAGCCGAGGGCAAAGUUUAUAGCUGGGGUCGUAACGACAAAGGCCAGCUAGGCCAUGGUGAUACAAAGCGUCGAGACAUUCCCACAAUAAUCGAGUCUCUCAAGGACGAAAACAUAAUCAGCGCAGCUGUUGGUAAAAAUCACACUCUAAUUUUAAAUGAUAGAGGGGUGGUGUAUGCAUGUGGAGAUAACAAGAUGGGUCAGAUAGGAAUAGGGUCUCAGGCACAAUCCAUGAUCACAACACCAGCACGUAUCAAAUACAAAGGCCCUCCUAUCAGACGCAUUGCUUGUGGUGGUGAGUUCUGUAUGAUAUCAGACAUAAGAGGCAAUCUUUACUCAUUUGGCUGUCCUGAGUAUGGUCAACUUGGUCAUAACACAGAUGGUAAAUACUUUGUAACCAGUAACAAGUUGUCUUAUGAGUGUGAACUGAGACCAAGGCGAGUACAUGUGUUCAUCGAAAAAUCACGGGACGGCCAUGUCUCAGGAAUGAGUGAUGUUGAAAUAGUUGAUAUAGCAUGUGGCCAAAAUCAUACAUUGGCGCUAGACUCUAAGAAACGGGUAUUCACUUGGGGAUUUGGUGGCUAUGGUCGCUUGGGACACAGUGAGCCUAAAGAUGAACAUGUUCCACGUCAUCUUAAAUGGUUUGACACGCCAAGCAAACAGGUAGUGAUGAUCAACUGUGGAAGCACAUUCAGUAUAGCUAAAACUGAAGUUGAAUAUACAUAUUUAUGGGGCCAAACAAAAGCCACGGGUGAGGCAGCAAUGUAUCCUAAGGCCAUCUCUGACCUGAACGGCUGGAAAGUGCGAAGUGUUGGCUGUAGCAACAAGAGCAUCGUGGUCGCUGCUGAUGAGAGUCUCAUCAGCUGGGGUCCAAGUCCAACAUAUGGCGAACUAUGCUACGGGGAGAAUAAGCCUAAAUCCUCAACCCAGGCCCAGGAGGUUAAGAGUAUAAACACGACAUAUAUCCUACAAGUUGCCUGCGGCUAUGGUCAUACACUCCUCUUAGCCAGAGCUGAUUCAGAAGAGGACACAAAGUGCUUAGAGAAAAUCCCAAUAUUCACCCCAUAACUCUUGAAUCAUGUAGUUGU